AUGGCCGAAGCUACCGUCCCCAAGACCUGCAAGGUCGUGCUGGCCGAAACCAUCGCCAGGAACCUCCUCGCCGAGGUCCAGGAGUCCCUUAGCGCCAUGCGCGCAAAGGGUAUUGAGCAGCCUGCUCUCGCGGCCUUUCUUGCCAAUGACGACCCGGCUGCUGUAAAGUACGCCGAGUGGUCCAAGAAGACUUGCGAGGAGAACGGCUUCAAGUUCGACCUCCGCACCGUCGACAAAGAACUCCUCGAAGACGAAAUCAUCAGCGCAAACCAAGACCCCUCCGUCGACGGUACCAUCGUCUACUAUCCCAUCUUCCCCAACAACCCCACCCACGACAAGUACAUCCAAGAAACCGUCGCCGUGACCAAGGACGUCGAGGGCCUCUGCCACACCCACCUGCAAAACAUGUACCACAACAUCCGCUUCCUCGACCCGCCCCAAAACCUCAAAAAGUCCCUCCUCCCCUGCACGCCGCUCGCCAUCGUCAAGAUCCUCGAGUACCUCCAGAUCUACAACUCCAUCCUUCCCUACGGUAACCGCCUCUUCGGGAAGACCAUCACCGUCAUCAACCGCUCCGAGGUCAACGGUCGUCCCCUGGCCGCGCUGCUCGCCAACGAUGGCGCUACCGUCUACUCUGUUGACAUUACCGGCGUGCAGCUCUUUACGCGCGGUUCGGGAAUCAAGCAGCCCCGUCACCAGGUUUUGGAUAAGGAGGGCUGGACUGUUGAGAAUUGUCUGCCGAUGAGCGACGUCAUCAUUGGUGGUGUGCCGAGCGACAAGUACAAGGUGAAUACGGAGUUGAUUCGCGAUGGCGCCGUGUGCAUCAACUUUUCGUCGUAUCGGAAUUUCGAUGGGCCGGCUGUUAAGGAGAAGGCUUCCAUAUAUGUGCCGUCUGUGGGCAAGGUGACUAUUGCUGUACUCUUGAGGAAUCUUUUGCGUCUUAUUGACAAUCGGCAACCAUCUGAAGCGCCUAAGGCGAGCGAGUCCUGA